CAGACAAUCCCGCACAGCAAACAAAGAGGCCACCUACCACCUACCCACCUCUCACCAUAGCCUGUCGCCACUACAUGAACCUAUCAUUCCCCAUCCUGUCGCCGAUUCCUCCUCCAGAUAAAUAUCACCAUGACUACUCUGACCUUCGCUCGCCGAUUCUGACGCAGUCCGUGUUGUCCCCCAUCUACACUAUCGUCCAGAGUCCCGAAUUCCUCUCGGACUUCUCGCGAACCAUCCUCCCGUUUUUUCAGCUCAUACCUUGGAUCAUGGCAGCAAUAUUAGGCGGAGGCGAGGAAGCCCUGGGUCAGCUGGGCCAGUUUCCUCUAGAACAAUGGUUCUUCGAGAUGCCACCCUGCACCCGGUACUGGACGACAGCCACCGUCAUUACAUCAGUCCUGCUCCAAUGCAAAGUCAUUACGCCCUUUCAACUCUUCUAUUCAUGGCGCGCAGUAUACUAUAAGUCUCAGUAUUGGCGACUGAUAACCACAUUCAUAUACUUUGGACCCCCGUCCCUAGAUCUCGCCUUUCAUGUCUUCUUUCUCCAACGAUAUUCCCGACUGUUGGAACAAGGCUCGGGCCCUUCACCAGCGGUCUUCUCGUGGCUGCUGCUGUACGCUUGCGCGUCGCUGCUCGCCCUCAGUUCACUCACCACCUCAAUCCCGUUCCUCGGUUCAGCCCUGUCAAGUACGCUAGUUUACAUCUGGUCUCGACGAAACCCGGAUACGCGACUCAGCUUCCUGGGAGUGUUGGUGUUCACGGCGCCUUACCUACCUUGGGUGUUGAUGGCUUUCCACAUGUUCAUGCACGGUAGUAUCCCCAAAGAUGAAAUCUUGGGCGUGAUUGUAGGUCACGUCUAUUAUUUUCUUGCCGACGUUUGGCCUGGUCUACAUGAAGGACAGAGACCGAUGGAUCCUCCAGAAUUCUGGGUUCGAUUAUGGGAAGGGCGACGUGCCGAAACUGGAGAGCGAAACAUCGAUGGAGAUGUAGCUGCCGCUGCCGCACGACCUGGAGAAGUACGGUGAUAGAGAUGUAGCAUGAGAACUGAGCAUAAUAUAAAAUCAAAUUUGGACUAA